AUGCUCUCACGCCGCCUCCGCCCCAAGGUCGUGGCUCGGACCCGCGCCGGCUUCGCGUCUCGCGCGGGCCUCGCGCAGAUCGGCAGCCAGACGGUCCUCGACCAGUCGCUGCCCAACGCUGUGACGUCGUCGCUCCACGCGCCGAUCAUCCAAGUGUUUGGUGCCAACACGGACGUCGGCAAGACCGUGGUCGCCGCCGGUCUCUGCCGCGCGGCGCUCCAAUCGUCCUCGUCUGCGACCGUGGGCUACAUCAAGCCGCUGCAGACGGGCGGUGACUCGAUGCUCGACGCUGGCUUUCUCUCGCGUCAUACGAACGACGUCGAGAAGCGCUUGACGAGCCACACGCUCUUCUCGUGGGAGACCGCCGUCUCGCCGCAUUUGGCCGCGUCCCUCGAAAAGAAGGCAGUCGAUGACGCGAUGGUCGUCACGAAGCUCAGCAAGACGCUGCGCGAGCUGCAGGCCAACGCCGCGGCGUCGGCGUUGACGGUCGUCGAGACCGCCGGUGGCGUCUGCAGUCCCUCGGCGAGUGGCAAGCUGCAGUGCGACGUCUACCGGCCGCUGCGCCUUCCGGCCGUGCUUGUCGGCGACGGCCGCCUCGGCGGCAUCUCAGCCACCAUGUCGGCACUCGACUCGCUCCUGCUGCGCGGCUAUGACGUAUCGUGUAUUGUCCUCAUCGAACAAGACAACUUGAGCAACGCCGAUGCGAUCGCGGAGCGCGCGACCGAGCUCGGGAUCCCGAUUUUUGCACUCGACAAGCUCCCGCCGCAGCCCGAGCCGCUCACCGCGUGGUACACCAAGUCGGAUGCUGCGUUUCGCGCCGUCUACGACAGCAUCGCGACAACGCACGCCGCGCGCGUCGAUCGGCUGCGCGCCCUGCCCGCCAUCGCCAAAGACACACUCUGGUGGCCGUUCACACAGCACAAGAGCAACAAGGGCGUGCUGGUCAUCGACUCGGCGUACGGUGACACGUUUGCGACGUACAAUGACAAGACGGCGUCGAUCGAGCCCAUGUAUGACGCCUGCGCGUCCUGGUGGACGCAGGGUGUUGGACAUGGCAACGCCAAGAUGGCGCUGUCGCUGGCCACGGCAGCCGGCCGGUACGGCCAUGUGAUGUUUCCCGAAAACGCACACGAACCGGCAGUCGUGCUCUCGGAGAAGCUCCUCGCAUCGGUCGGAAAGGGCUGGGCCGGCAAAGUCUUCUUUUCGGACGACGGGUCCACGGCUGUCGAGAUUGGUAUCAAGAUGGCGCUGCGCAAGUACGCGGUGGACCACGGUUUGAGCAUGUCGUUUGAAGGCGUUCAGAACGUUCUCGUGCUCGCCCAAGCCGGCUGCUACCACGGCGACACGCUCGGCGCCAUGGACGUGGCCGAGCCGAGCGUCUACAACGCUACUCAGCACCCUUGGUACAAGCCCAAGGCGCGCUUUGUGCAGCCGCCGUCCGUCACCGUGGCUUCAAAUGGCCACAUGCGCAUCACGUGGGAUGACGUCAAUCCUUCGUUGGAGACGCAGCUGCCGACGAUGAACGAUGUUUUUGACAUUUCCCGCGACGGAUCUGCGCUCACGGCGGCGUAUACCGACUACAUCGAGUCGCUCCUCGCGUCUGUUCCGUCCGACACGGUCAUUGGCGCCCUCAUCCUCGAGCCCGUGCUCAUCGGCGCCGGGGGCAUGGUGCUUGUGGACCCGCUCUUCCAGCGCACCAUGGUGCGCGUGUGCCAGCGCCACAAGAUCCCGGUCGUCUUUGACGAAGUGUUUAGCGGCUUCUGGCGUCUCGGCGCCGAGUCGGCCCGCGACCUUUUGCACGUGAACCCGGACAUUGCCUGCUACGCCAAGCUCCUCACGGGCGGCGCAGUCCCGCUCUCGACGACGCUGGCCACGAACGACGUCUUUGACGCGUUUUACUCGGACUCGAAGGCCGACGCGCUCCUGCACGGCCACUCGUUCACGGCCAACCCCGUCGGGUGCGCGGCGGCGGUCACGGCCCUCGACAUGUACACGGGUCUCUCGACGCCAGAGGGCGGCGUCACGCGCGUGCAGUGGAACCCCGACCAAGUGGCGGCGUUGGCGGCGCGACCGGGUGUCGACCGCGCGUUCCAAAUUGGCACCGUGCUCGUGAUCGAACUCGCGUCAUCGUCGCGAGGGUACACGGACACGACGGGCCAAGACGUCUUGGUGCGUCUCCGGGCGAAUGGCAUCUACGCGCGGUCGCUCGGAAACGUCUUGUACGUCAUGGCGUCGCCGCUCAGCACGCCCGAGACGUGCGCGGCGAUCUUCAACACGGUCGUCGCUCACCUGUUUGAGUAA